UUAAAAAUUAAAAAAUUGAAAUUUGAUCAGAAAUCAGAAUUAAUUAAUGAGAUAUGAAAAAUAAUACAUAACUUAUAUGUCUGUUAUAUAUUUUUCCUAAAAUGAUGAUAUAUUUACUUUAAUACAAAUCACACAGUUAAAGCUUUCAAGAAAAUUGCAAGAAUCAAAAUGAACCAUCUGAGUUCACUGUCUAAGACUAUGAGAGAAUACAGUCGAAAAAAAUCUAUUAAGUAUGGGGUACCCUUCAUUUUAUUUAUAGUAGGAGGCUCUUUUGGACUUAGAGAAUGGACCCAACUUAGGUACCAAUUUUCACAAGUUAAAGGAGUGAGUAAAGAAGAAGCUGAAAAAAUGGGUCUUCAUAAGGCAAGGGAGGUUACGUUGGAAGAUGCUUAUGAAGAAAUACAAAACCUAGACAUUGAUAAUUGGGAAAAUAAAAGAGGACCAAGGCCCUGGGAAACUAAUGAAGAACAAAAAAAAUAAUGUCAUAUUUAUAAAUUAAAUAUUAAGAUUGAAAAGAUAUAAACUAUUAGAUAAUGUAGAUUAAAGAGUUGUGAUAUUUUUUAA